ACAUCACAUCAACACACAGAGAAAAUUCACGAGUGUAUCACCGUCCCUCAGCUCAGAAACAUACACAUACCCCUCUCUUCAAUUCUCAAUACAUUUUCCAAUCCAAGCAACAACAUUGAGUUGGUGAAAUCUUCACGAGCUAAAACCACUUAUGUGUCUCUUUAUUCACCCAUACUCACCAACCAAACUCUCUACUUCAACGGUCCACACAAAACCACGUCAAAAACCAAACCUUUCCCUUUUUGUUCAAUCUUCAAACGUUGUUUUAUCCCUUUCCACCAUAACCUUUUUCUACUUUUGCUUUAUCUUUUAUGAUCAUGAUAAUUAAUGUGAAGUAAGUUUUUGCCUUAUUGGGGUGUUUUUUUUCAUAUUAAAGUUUUCAUCUUUUUAAGCAAAUGGAUCGGCCUGCCAUCGCAGUUGGACCGGGAAUGGAUAUUCCGAUUAUGCAUGAUAGUGAUCGAUAUGAACUUGUUCGUGAUAUUGGUUCCGGUAAUUUUGGUGUUGCUAGGCUUAUGAGGGAUAAACAAACUGAGGAACUUGUUGCUGUUAAGUAUAUUGAGAGAGGUGAAAAGAUUGAUGAAAAUGUACAGAGGGAAAUUAUAAAUCAUAGAUCACUGAGGCAUCCUAAUAUUGUUAGGUUCAAGGAGGUUAUAUUGACCCCAACACAUUUAGCAAUUGUAAUGGAAUAUGCUUCUGGAGGAGAGCUAUUCGAGCGAAUUUGCAAUGCAGGGCGGUUCAGUGAGGACGAGGCACGAUUCUUCUUCCAACAACUUAUAUCAGGUGUUAGCUAUUGCCAUGCAAUGGAAGUCUGCCAUCGCGAUUUGAAAUUGGAAAACACAUUGUUAGAUGGUAGUCCGGCUCCACGUUUGAAGAUUUGUGAUUUUGGAUAUUCAAAAUCUUCCGUACUACAUUCGCAACCAAAAUCUACAGUCGGUACCCCUGCGUAUAUAGCUCCUGAAGUUUUGCUGAAGAAGGAAUAUGAUGGAAAGAUUGCAGAUGUUUGGUCUUGUGGGGUGACAUUAUAUGUGAUGUUGGUGGGGGCUUAUCCUUUUGAGGAUCCAGAGGAACCUAAAAAUUUCCGCAGGACAAUACAUAGGAUUUUAAAUGUUCAGUAUUCAAUUCCUGACUAUGUUCAUAUAUCUCCUGAAUGCCAGCAUCUGAUUUCAAGGAUUUUUGUUGCUGAUCCUGCAAAGAGAAUAAGUAUGCCAGAGAUUAGAAACCAUGAGUGGUUUUUGAAGAACCUUCCAACUGAUCUCAUGGAUGACAAUGGAACCAACAACCAGUACGAGGAGCCAGAUCAACCAACACAAAGUGUCGAAGAUAUCAUGCAGAUAAUCACCGAGGCCACCAUUCCUGCAGCAGGAACUCAGACCCUCAAUCCAUAUCUUACCGGAAGUUUGGAUAUUGAUGAUGACAUGGAUGAUGAUUUAGACACUGACCCUGACCUUGAUAUUGAUAGCAGUGGAGAAAUAGUUUAUGCUAUGUAAGCUAAUGAAAUAUGUGGGAAAAAUAUUUCAUUUUCUACAAG